AUGGAUAACGUACCGUUCCCACGCUUUACUAGUGAUUAUUACACAGUUUGGUUUGCUCAAAUGGAGGCAGCAUUUGCCGCAAACUCAGUUGAAGAUUCAGACAAAUAUGGAUACAUUAUAACUCAUAUACCUACAGCGGCCUUAACUUUGGUGGAAGAUAUUUUAUUAAGUCCGCCGACAGCGGACCAAUACGAGAAUUUCAAGUACGAAUUUAUCAAGCGACUGACAUUGCAACAAUUGAAGAGCCUGCCUUUUGGGAAUGAAAAACCAUCAGAGUAUCUACGAAAACUUAUAAAAGUUGCUGGUCGACGUAUUUCCAACGAAGUUGUUUUGAAUAUAUGGCAAAAUAACUUACCAGAAAAAGUGCGUCAGAUAUUAAGUUUGGAAACUUCUCGUAACAUGGAUAGGCUGAGUGAAAUGGCAGAUUUGGUGAUGGCGAUAGCUAGACCACCUCCUUUGCAAAUAAGUAAUGGUGUUUGUGAAAAACAAGUCGGGGUGCUCACGCAGCGCCUGGAUGCUAUAGAGAAACAAGUUCAGUUUAUGAAACGUAUCAUCGAUGGAGAGUAUAUUGAAGCGGAGGAACCACAGCCGCAACAAAACAAUAGUUUGGAAAUAUCCAAAGUACGUAAUUGA